UUGCAGGUUGGCGAGUUACCAGAUUCCAACUGAUCUAUCAAUUCAAAUCAAUGGUAUCACCAUUUCUGUUCAUAAGUAUCCAUUGAUUUCAAAAUGUGGCUUAAUAGCUCAAUCAGAAACAGACCUUAUCAGUCUCGAAGAUUUCCCCGGAGGAUCAGAAACAUUUGAAAUGACACUCAAAUUCUGCUAUGGCCUCCCCAUAACUCUAAACCCUACCAACGUCGCAGCACUGAGAUGCGCGUCGGAGUUUCUGGAAAUGACAGAGGCGUAUGAAGACGGUAAUCUCAUUGCCAAAACAGAAGCAUUCUUCACCUUUGUAGUCCUUUCUUCCUGGACAGACACAAUUACAGUUCUCAAAUCAUGCGAAACUUUAUCCCCAUGGGCAGACAGUCUCCAGAUUGUCCGACGUUGUUGUGAUUCCAUUUCCUGUAAAGUCUCCAGAGAAACCGCUUCCGCCUCCGCAGGAGACGAGAUCAAUGGACAGGACUGGUGGUUUGACGAUAUGGCGUCACUCCGGGUGGAUCAUUUCACAAGGAUCGUCGCGACCGUACAAGCGAAAGGUGUAAAACCUGAAUUGAUCGGAUCGUGUAUAAUGCACUGCGCGAGGAAGUGGUUACCGAGAAUGGAAAUGGAUCAGUUUAAAGGAGGAUUAUUACAUAGAGUACAGUGGAGCGUUUCGAGUGGAAGAUCAACAACGCAAGAAGAUGGCGAUUCUGUUCGUCAUUGUAAAGAACAAAAACUGCUUGUGGAAAACCUAGUGAGCAUACUUCCUUCUCAAAAGGAAGCAGUUCCAUGUAAAUUCCUACUAUGGAUGUUAAAGAUUGCUCAUGUUUACGCCGCAUCGCCAGCCCUAAUUUCAGAGCUCGAGAAACGAAUUGGAAUGGUUUUAGAAGACGCCGACGUAAACGACCUUCUGGUUCCUAAUCACGCAAAUGCUAACCCUAACCCUAACCCUAACCCUAAUAAAUCGCCAGAAGAUUGCUUCACAAUGCACAAUAUAAGCGCAGUACAGAGAAUCAUAGAGUAUUAUUUCUUGAUGAACGAUGAAGAUGAUCAUGAUCAACAGCAACAACAACCACCACCAAAACCUGGAAGAUUAAGCAUUGGAAAAUUACUAGACAGUUACUUAGCUGAAAUCGCGAGAGAACCGAAUCUCUCGGUCGCAAAGUUUCAGGCGUUGGCUGAAGGAUUGCCUGCAAACGCAAGAACAUGCCAUGAUGGUCUCUAUAGAGCAAUUGAUACCUACCUCAAGACACAUCCUUUGUUGUCUGAACACGAUAGAAGACGGGUAUCGAAAAUAAUGGAUUGCGAUAAGCUGUCGCCAGAUGCAUGUUCCCACGCUGCACAAAACGAUCGAUUACCCCUUCGAACGAUCAUCCAGGUGUUGUUCUCGGAGCAAGUAAAAUUGAGGGAAGCGUCGAGGACAAAAAGGAAGGAGGAGGCGUCGGACCAGGAGGAGGGUAGUUCAUGGUCGAAUACUAAGGAGAUUAAGAUACUUAAAAUUGAACUCGAGAAAGUGAAGAUUGAUAUGCAAGAGCUUCAAAAGGAUUAUAUGGAGUUACAAAAGGAAUGUGAUCAUAAGCUAAAUUAUAGACAUAAAUCUGUAUCGGGUUGGGCUAAUGGUUGGAAGAAAAUCAAGAAAUCGGGCAUUUUCAAUAGAAAAGAUGUCGACCACCACAAUGAACAUCGACGAGAAGGUGGCGAACGACCUUCUUAUAACGGUGGUAGUAGUAGAAUAAGUCUUCGGCGAAGGCUAUCCUCGACGUAUUAGCUAACCGGCCUUCUCGAAAAUCAUCAAUCAAUUGUAGAUAAGGAACAAUUUACCUUAUUUGAAAACACUUUUGUUCUGAAAUGAAAUGGUCAUUAGACAAGGAAAUUUGAUAGAAAUGUGGUGUUCAAAUUAAACAAGGCAGUGUAUUCUUGUUAUUGUAAGAGUUAAAUGUAACAACUUAUUAAUGUAAUU